AACAACCGCCAUCUUUAAACAUCGAAGUAACAUGCAAUGAAGUCACAAAAAUGAAUCUUGAAGAGUUUUUACGUAAUUCGCAACGAGUGAUGAGGGACGUCACGCGCUCUUUAUCAACAUCUCCAUCAGUGGAUACCCUGAAUUCGUCGAGCAUUCGUUUAGAUGCUCUUUGUAGAAAUAUCAACAGGAUGUCUGCCCAGUUUCCAGAGUGCAGCAGUCUUCUAAACGAUGUCAUUGAAAUUCAAGAUAUUAUUGGUUCCAUGAAAAGGGAACAACAGGAGCAGAAUGUAACAAUUAGACCUUCUUACGAUGGCAGUCAGAGAAUGGGUCGACCUCGUUUCCAUAUUCCCAAGGAACAGCUGGAGCUUCUACUUGAACUCAGAUUUACUGAUGCUGAUAUUGCUAAUAUGAUUGGUGUUAGCAUUUCAGUCAUCAAACGUCGUUUAAGAGAAUAUGGUCUGGGUCGUCAAAAUCAGUAUACCACUAUAUCCAACGAGGACUUGGACACGCAUGUUCUCAGAUUGACACAUGGCAAUCCACUUCUGGGCCAAUUUAGUUCUUGAACUGUCUGUGGGUCUGUGGGGCAUGGUCAUACAUGGUGGCAUAGAUGGAUUUAGCCGUUUGGUAGUGUUCCUAAGAAUGUCCACCAACAAUCGGGCAGAGACUGUCAUGGACUGCUUUACUGAGGCAACUGCAAAUUAUGGAAUACCUUCUCGUGUCAGAUGUGACCAUGGUGGAGAAAACAAGGAUGUAGCUUUGUUUAUGAACUCUCAUCAUGGUGAGUCAAGGGGAAGCUGCAUUACAGGGAAAUCAGUCCACAAUCAGCGCAUAGAGAGAUUCUGGCGUGACCUCUACACAGGGUGUUCUUUCCGUUUCAAGGACUUGUUUCACAAGCUAGAAGAAGAGGGAGUGUUGGAUUUGAACAGCGGUGUUCACUUGUGGAGUUUGCACUAUAUAUUCUUGCCACGAAUUAACAGAUCUCUGGACCAGUUUGUUCAGGGUUGGAACAACCACAGGCUGAGCAGUGAGCGUGGCAAAACUCCCAAUCAGUUGUUUGUGCAGGGGGUUAUCCAGAAUAGAGGAUCAAACCAAACUGGUGUCAGCGAAAUACUUCAUGAACCAGACAUGACAGAGUACUAUGGUGUUGAUUGGGAUGGUCCAGUUCCACAAGAAGAUGGAGAAGUUGAGGUGUCAGGAUUGCCUUGUCCAGUGAGUAAUGAACGCCUACUUCAGCUGAAGAGAACCAUUGAUCCUCUUGGACACUCAGAAGAUGGCUUCGGAGUUGAUUUGUACAGAAGAACUGUAGAUUUUUGCAACGAGAUAGUAGAAUAGAAAUAAUUAGGAGAGUUAUUAGUUUGUGAAUAUUAGUCCAUGCAUCACAGACUAUUAUUUGAAAUAUGUUUCACUUCCUUUAUCAGCUAAUGUGAACUGUAGUUGUUUUUCAUUGUCAGUUGUGCUUCACACUUUCCCUUAAACACCAUUUUCCCCUUUGCUUGGUUUUACUUUUAUUAUUAUGCCCCCCUUUGAAGAAGAGGGGGUGAAUAUUUUAGCACAUGUCGGUCUGUUUGUCUGUCGGUGGGAUCUGUCCACCAAAUGGUUUCCAGAUGAUAACUCAAGGACGCUUAGGCCUAGAAUCAUGAAUCUUCAUAGGUAUAUAUAUCAUGACUGGCAUAAAACAUGUAUUGAUUUUCAGAUCAAUAGGUCGAAGGUCAAGGUCACAGUGACUCAAAUCAGUAAAAUGGUUUCUGGAUGAUAACUCUAGAAUGCUUAGGCCUAGGAUCAUGAAACUUCAUAGGUACAUUGAUGGUGACUGGCAGCUGAUUCCUAUUUAUUUUCAGGUAACUAGGUCAAAAGUCAAGGUCACAGUGACCUGAAGCAGUGAAAUGGCUUCUAACGCACUCACACAAUGACUACGUACAGCCCUGGGGGGCCUGCGUGUUUUACAAACAGCUUUUGUUGAUACAUGUUAUGUAUUCAAUUAGUGAAUAUGUUUGGUUUGACACAUGAACAUAUUGGGUUAGUAUUAGGUUUGUCAAUCUGUUCGGUUAUGCAUGUACUAUACAUUUAUUAAAUGGAUAAAAAAAACACCUUAAGUACUAAAAACAUGAUUUGAAAUAUAAAAUAUGUUAUUAAGGGCAACAGAUAAGGGGUGAUAUUUGCAUAUAUGCUCAAAUAAAAAGUACAUUUUUUAGUGUAUGUAACUCUAUUCAAAUUCUUUACUUGUUUCUUCCCACUUCAAAUGAGAAUUUCUGUAUACUAAUAGGAUGUUGCAAAAAUAAAUUUGAUAUUACUGAAUUUAGCUUAAAUACUUGUCUCCUGCUUUAAAUGAAGAUACGUCGUUUCCUAUGGUAUUCAAUGUUGUUGUUUUUUUCAAACAAAAAUUCCAGCUGGAUUUGAAUUUGUAUAUAAAUAUAUGUUGCAUAACAUGUUUCAGUGUGUCUUUCAGCGCAUCUAUCUGUUGAUAAAAAAUUAUGAGCUUAUGUCAUCACCUGAGCGUCUGCGUUUGUAAAGUUUUGUGUUUAGGUCCACUUUUCUCCUAAAGUUUCAAAGGUAUUGCAUUCAAACAUGGUACACUUACUUACUAUCAUGAGGGCACUAGGCAGCUAAAGCAUGAUAACUCUGGCUGGCAUUUUGACAGAAUAAUGACUUAUGUGCCCCUUUUAUACAUAGAAAAUUGAAUUUUGGUUUAGUUGUGUGUUUUGGUCCACUCUAUUCCUUAAGUAUCAAAGCUAUUGAUGUCAUACUUGCAAAACUUACUACCUAUCACAAGGGGACUGUGCAAGCAAAGUCAAGUAACUCUGAAACUCUGAAUAGCAUUUUGAUAGAAUUAUGACCCAUUUAUACUUAAAAUUGAUAAUUUGUUUAAGACUUCUUACUAUCAGGAGGGUACUGUACCUUGCAAGUUGAAUUUGACCUUUACAUUUGAAUAAACUUGGCCCAAACCAUCCCCA